GUUCUUCUACUUCUUUUUUUAAGCCUGAUCAUAAAAGGGUGAGCUCUAUCAGGUUUUUAUUCAGCCUGCAGGUAAAGGGUUACAGAUUCUAGGAAGUAUUAAAUGCAAACUUUGAAGGAUUUUAUUUUCAUCUACAGUCACAUGAUGCCUUAAUACCCAAUGACACUAACUACAGUGUCUCAUUAAGAGGUCAUGCAAACUCCCAAGCUAAACAAGGCAUUCUUACAUAUUUAACAUUCAAAUGCAGAAGCCAAGCUAAGCCAUGGAAGAUUGUAAUCAGAAAAAGCUACACUUCCUGAUCCGCACAAAACCUGCAGGUUCUUUAAACAAGAGACAGAUUGCUAAUAUUUGGGGCUGAAAUCUGGAGGUUAUUUUGGAAUGGGAAAACUACUUGCUGUUUGGAUCCAUGACAACGAAGUAGAUACUAGUCACUUGCUUUAACAAUCUACACCACCAUGGAUCAAGAUAUUUAAAACAAAUUUCUCAAGCAGCCGAUGGAGUACAAUCUGAAAGAUUAAAGAAAAUCCAGAUGGGGUGCAGGUGCUGCAAAAUGAUUCAAAGCUAUAUUUUUGAUCCAGAAGUACAAUCACCUGGAUGCAUCCAUGAAGUAGACAGCUACAAACACAAUGAACAAGGCAGCAAUAAAUUCAAAUUCAAAGAGAACAGUGAAAAUGAAGAACACAAAAAUGAACUCCAGAAGAAUGAGCUAAAUAGGACAGAAAAUAAAAAUCCAUUAAACAGUACAAAAGAAACUCUCUGGAAUCAUGGAGGCAACAAUUUUCAAGAGGAUGGCCUUGUGAAGUGUGCUGCAAAGCUUGAUGUUGCAGUCAAUGGUGGCAACUCCUGUGCUGACGGGCACUCCACACUCAAUCCCAACACAAACCUGACAAAAGAAGCCGGUGAAAAGGGAACCUGCAGCCAGUCAGAGGAUUCUUCAGCCAGCAGUAGAGACUUUUACACCAAAUCAAACAGGUCUGGACAAGAACUCGACCCAGAGACAGGCAGUCAGAGGAAGGCAGCCUGCGAUGUGUCUAACAGUAUUCCAGACUCCCAGUCUGCACAAGACAGCAUCUUUCUCAAAGGAAACUCAAUACUGGGGACACAAAACAAUGCCAUACUACUGCCAGAUAUUGAUUAUCCCCAAAAUGGCAAUCAAACCGGGAACUGUGUUGAAAAAGACAGCUUUUCAGUCCACUGCGCACAUUCAGACCAAAACACUGGUCCUUCAGCAAUAGAGAACCAGGACCUUUGUGUAACCCCACCUUUGCCUGGGAAGGAGAGCAGUACUGAACCUUUUGAAACUGACUCUGCAAAUUUGAGUGAAGGCAUUACUGGUGGCAUCACGGCAGUGGCUGUUACCAAAGUCACACAGGUGCUCACAGCCCCCAGCCACAGAGACAUCAGUGGAGAAACUGAGGAGGAAGAUGCAGAAGUUGCAGCAGCUCUGGCUGCACUGGAAGCUGCAACUGCAGGUGAAGACCUGGAAGAUGAUGACGAGUACUAAAUGAGGGUUUUAUCCUAAUACACUGGGUAAGAUCCAGAUUUUAUUUCUGGAUCUAUACGAACACAUGUACAGCACACAUGGAGAGCUGUUAUGAACAGCAUAUAUAAAAGGAAUUGGGACUAAACCUCUGUCCCUUCAGCUGUUUUAUACAGCCUUUUAAUUUCCACUGCCUGAGGUACAGAAAUGCUCCCUCUGCUAAUGGUAAUACUCUUCUCUAUUGAGCAAACCAGGAGGGCAAAGCAUCAUUUCUACUACCCAGAAUAUUCCGCUCUAUACCCACCUCACCUGGACUCAUGCAAAUGUUUCCUUUGGUUUUGACCCUCAUGAGGGUCUGCACACACUGUAGAUUCCAGGUUCAGAAAAUUUCCAUUAUUUAAAACAGAACUAUUGAAGCCAUGCAGUUAGAAACUACAGAUUUUCAUCAUGAGCACAAAUAUAUAUAUAUAUAUAAAAAUGAAAGUGUGAAAUCAAGAAGGCAGCUUUGCUUGGACUUCACUGUGGCUAUGGCUCCAUUAUUGAUUAAGUCUAAGGCUGUGUAUGUGCAGCAGGCAUUAGGAUGAUAACCUCAUCUCUCCCCUUACACCUGCCCUCAAUAA